GAACAUUUUCUAUUGCAUUACAGAGUGACCGUCUUUUGAUCAAAGGAGGUCGGAUAGUAAACGAUGACCAGUCUUUCUAUGCUGACCUUUACAUGGAAGAUGGACUCAUCAAGCAGAUUGGAGACAACCUGAUAGUGCCAGGUGGUGUGAAAACAAUUGAAGCUAAUGGGAAGAUGGUGAUCCCAGGAGGCAUUGACACGCACACUCACUUACAGAUGCCCUAUAGAGGGAUGACCACAGUGGACGAUUUUUUCCAAGGGACUAAAGGUGCUCUUGCUGGGGGAACCACCAUGAUAAUUGACCACGUGGUCCCAGAGCCCGAGUCCAGCUUGACUGAAGCCUUUGAGAAGUGGAGAGAGUGGGGGCUGAUGGGAAAGCCUGCUGUGACUACUCUCUGCAUGUUGACAUCACUCAUUGGAAUGACAGUGUCAGGCAAGAAGUGGAAACACUUGUCAAGCAAAAAGGUGUUAACUCUUUCAUGGUUUACAUGGCCUAUAAAGAUUUGUAUCAGAUGUCCAACACUGAGCUCUAUGAGGUCUUCACUUUCUUGGGAGGACUGGGUGCAAUUGCUCAGGUUCAUGCUGAGAAUGGAGAUAUCAUUGCCCAGGAGCAGCAAAGAAUGUUGGAAAUGGGUAUUACAGGACCAGAGGGCCAUGUUUUGAGUCGACCUGAGGAGCUGGAAGCAGAAGCUGUUUUCCGUGCCAUAACCAUUGCAAGCCAAACAAACUGUCCACUAUAUGUGACCAAAGUGAUGAGCAAAAGUUCUGUAGACCUCAUUUCCCAAGCCAGGAAAAAAGGCAAUGUUGUAUUUGGUGAACCAAUCACAGCUAGCCUGGGUACAGAUGGAACACACUACUGGAGCAAGAACUGGGCUAAAGCUGCUGCUUUUGUAACCUCUCCACCUCUCAGCCCUGACCCCACCACUCCAGACUACAUCAACUCCCUGCUGGCUAGCGGUGACUUGCAGGUGACUGGCAGUGCUCACACCGUUUUCAGCACUGCUCAGAAGGCAGUGGGAAAGGAUAAUUUUACCCUCAUUCCUGAGGGGACAAAUGGUAUUGAAGAAAGGAUGUCGGUCAUCUGGGACAAGGCAGUGGCUACAGGCAAAAUGGACGAGAACCAAUUUGUUGCUGUCACCAGUACCAAUGCUGCCAAGAUCUUCAACGUCUACCCCCAGGAAGGGGAGAAUAGCUGUGGGUUCAGAUAGUGACCUGGUUAUCUGGGAUCCCGAUGCAGUAAAAAUCGUUUCUGCCAAAAGUCAUCAAUCUGCUGCAGAGUAUAAUAUCUUUGAAGGCAUGGAACUCCGAGGAGCACCACUUGUGGUUAUCUGCCAAGGCAAAAUCAUGUUUGAGGAUGGCACCCUUCAUGUGACCCAGGGAACAGGGCACUUCAUUCCUUGUACACCUUUCUCUGACUAUGUCUACAAGAGAAUCAAAGCCAGGACUAAGAUUGCAGAGCUACAUGCCGUUCCUCGGGGUAUGUAUGAUGGGCCUGUCUUUGAUUUGUCAUCCACUCCCAAGGCUGGUAUUCCUGCAGGGUCUGCUAAAGGCUCUCCAACAAGGCAGACUGCACCAGUCCGAAACUUGCACCACUCUGCAUUUAGUCUAGCUGGAAACCAGGGAGACGAGAGUGGCGUUCGUUCUGGAAGCAGGAGAAUCGUAGCUCCCCCCUGGUGGACGUUCUAAUAUAACAUCUCUCAGCUAA